AUGCCUCUGGAUCUUCCGGGUCUCUACUGGGAUGAAGAGAAGAAGAGGUACUUCCCCAUAUCGUCCAAACCAGCCGGCGCCGUUUCAAGGCCCAUCCCACCUUCCGCGCGUAAUGACAACCGACAAAGGCCGCGUCCGCGUCCAAGGACACACGGAGCAGAAUCCGAUUCGGACACUCCUCCAUCGAAACGACACCAUGCAGGGUCUUCAGCCAGAACCAGCACUACGUGGGACGUAUGGAACGGAUUUCGGGAGUCCGCGCUGAGCCUCCAGCGGGGCCGGUCCAAGCAGUACGCAUAUUUCGCUCUGCAUUCUCAAGAAGAGUUCCAGUUCAUGCGUUGCUGCAGUAAGAUACGUGCACAGCAGCUUUCGGAUUGCAAGCUUGAUCAGGCGAGUGCACCCGUGUCACUGGGUGGUCUCGCCGUAGGAUUGUGCACGAGGGGACCUCCAAAAGACAAGAAAAUCCUUGUCGGUGACAUCACCGGCUGGUUGUAUUCCAUUGAAACAAAGGACCCCGAGGUAGCGAUGCCCGAGUUCGGUGUUCGAUCGCAGGUAAGUGCCACCACAGCGGUGACCUCGUUAGGACCUCCCGGCGCUCGUCUCCUCGUCGCCCGAGAAGAUAUGAUGGAGACAUGGAUAAUACGCGUACUCCCACCGAAGAUAUGCGCCGACGUGUGGUGCGGUGAAGCCCACGGACGGAAGGCAACCCUCGGUGGCCGUAAAGCCGCGUUGUACUUUCCGGACGCAGCCGAGAGGGACGAAUACACACGCAUACCCCGCACCAGCGAUGUGCUGGCCAUGUGCCAACAGAACGAGCACAUCACCUACCUAGGGAUGCGCAACGGAAUCGUGGAUCGUUGGGAUUCUCGCGAAUCCGUGGGCAAGACCGACCUUCUCGUGAACAUGACGGCGGCUCGACCUCCCUCUAGCAGUAACUGGGGUCUCGCCAGCGCCUCCGUCGACUACCUGCGCGUCGUUCACGAAAACGCACUAUUGGUUCGGACCAUGCGUGGAGACCUAGAGACUCACGACUUGCGGUUUAUACGCGGCAACACACCAUUGCUGCAGUUCUGCGGUCACCCUCAAACUGUCGACACGAAACUGGGCAUCACCGUGGAUCCGGGAGAAGAUUUCCUGUUCGCAGGUGCCACAGACCGCAAGCUUCCCAUCUGGUCUUUGCGCACAGGCGAGCCACUGCCUUCACCAGUGUGCCCCGCGAACGACAUGAACAUCCAGCCGGUUCGGGUGAUGGAGAUUGUCGAAGAGGACGAUGGGAUGUACAUUUGGAUGGCGCGAGGCGGUAGGGUCAACCGAGUCCUGUUGGGGCCGCGCGGAUUGUUCUUCAGUGUUCCCGAGCCGGAUCGCAGUACUGAUACUAUUCUGUCGUCAUCGUAG